CACAAUGUGAUUGGAGAAGGUAUCGUUGCCGUGACGAAGCACCGCAUGGGUUUUUUGUUAUAUAAGGGAAGCCCCUCGCCACAAUCUUCCCCAACCCGAGCAUAUUCAUUUCAUUUCUUUCGUAGCAGAGAAGGAAAACCUUAGCGCACCUUUUCAAGAUGCAAAUCUUUGUUAAGACCCUGACUGGUAAGACCAUCACUCUCGAAGUGGAGAGUUCCGAUACCAUAGAUAACGUGAAGGCCAAGAUUCAAGACAAGGAAGGGAUCCCACCAGACCAGCAGCGUCUCAUUUUUGCUGGCAAGCAGCUUGAGGAUGGGCGAACCCUUGCCGAUUACAACAUCCAAAAGGAAUCCACUCUCCACUUGGUGCUCCGUCUCCGCGGUGGAAUGCAAAUUUUUGUUAAGACUCUCACAGGAAAGACCAUAACCCUUGAGGUGGAGAGCUCUGACACCAUAGACAAUGUUAAAGCCAAGAUUCAAGACAAAGAGGGCAUCCCACCAGACCAACAGAGGCUCAUUUUUGCUGGGAAACAGCUUGAGGAUGGCCGAACCUUGGCUGAUUACAACAUUCAAAAGGAGUCCACCCUUCACUUGGUGCUCCGUCUUCGCGGUGGUAUGCAGAUUUUCGUUAAGACCCUAACAGGAAAGACCAUCACCCUUGAGGUUGAGAGUUCAGACACAAUCGAUAAUGUCAAGGCUAAGAUCCAGGACAAGGAGGGAAUCCCACCAGACCAGCAAAGGUUGAUCUUUGCUGGAAAGCAGCUUGAAGAUGGAAGAACUCUAGCAGACUACAAUAUUCAGAAGGAGUCUACCCUUCACUUGGUCCUUCGUCUGAGGGGAGGAAUGCAGAUCUUUGUGAAGACUUUGACAGGAAAGACAAUUACCUUGGAGGUUGAGAGUUCAGAUACAAUUGAUAAUGUCAAGGCUAAAAUUCAGGACAAGGAGGGAAUCCCACCAGACCAGCAGAGGUUGAUCUUUGCUGGGAAGCAAUUGGAAGAUGGAAGGACUCUUGCUGACUAUAACAUUCAGAAAGAGUCUACUCUUCACCUUGUGUUGCGUCUUCGUGGUGGAUUUUAAGUUUGAGAAUGUUCUGUAUAUGUUCAGUUUUAGCAGCCUUGAAAAAACUAUGGUUGACUCUGAUGUAUUUUAUAAUUCAGUUUUAGUUCUGUUUAUGAAUAUGGACUACUUGCUAUUAUAAUUGAUGAAAUUUAGCACUUUCAAUAUGUUAGGUUUUAGCAGCGGAUAUUAAGCAUGCAUACUGUACCUGUUUACAUUAUUUGCCCCUGAAUUUGAGUAUAUGAAUAAUCAUUUACCGCUUGAGGAAGUAA